CUUUCUAACUUGUGUUUGAAUAAAGACUUUGACUGCGAUUCUUUGUCUAAUGUCUGUUAUUUUGUCUUCCUUCAGCAAAUAUUGACAAGAGCCCGCUCCCGGUGAAUGAAAUUUAAGUGCAUUGAAGAGGACCGAUCUUGACACAGGUUUUGUACAGAAUAAAACGUUCAACAGAACCGUUCGGUGGUUCACGAAGUGCACGUCGAGAUACUUUUUGCUCACAGAAAUUAUUCUGGUCAAUUGUUUUAUACUCACGUGGAGAAUAGAGCCUAGAAAGAAAUUUUGUCAUUGUCAUAAUUCAUAUCUGACAUUUCUGUAAAAAUAGCGAGAUGAACUUUGAUGUUGCAUUUUGAGGAGAGUCGUAAAGGAAGUUGUUUUAAUGUCAAGGCAUCCGCACACACCAUCAACAGGAGAAAGUAGGGAACCUAAGAGGAAGCUUUGAAAACUGUUCGGGACUAGUAUGACUGUAGAAUGUCAACAUUGUGUAUCUCAUGGUCCAUGCUGUGAUCGACGCGUUGAUUUGACAGGACGAAUUAUAUUUCUGUUUGGAUGAUUCUACGCAAAUACAGUAUAUAGGAACGAAUGAGCCGAUAUUAAUCUAUCCAUGAAUGGUUCUCCAGAGUGAACCCAAGUGUGAAGGAGAAGAAAGGAAGAACUGUGAAACCAUGGAAGUGACACUUCCCUGGUGAAACCAUGGAGGUCUUAACCUGUGUUUCUUGAAACCUUCCCUGAAGAGAAACAUUUGGGUGUAACGUGAUCAGAUCUGCAUUAUCAAGUCGCAAGUUGCAAAAGCUACUCGAUUGUUUAUUUGGCCAGGACCAAGAUGUAAGCUAAUGAGUGGAACGUUUGGACAGCAUUAUUUCCGUUAUUUUAAGAGGUGUAUACAGGAAUAUGCAGCUGCAGAAAAGGAUCAAAUAGUUGUGUUGCAAGGUUUUGUAACUUCAUCCCACGUUAUUUUCAUGUGAUAUAAAAGAACGAACAUCUUUACAUUAAGCUUGUUGGAGACAGCAGAAUAACAGCAGAAUAAUAUAUGAAUAUAGUCUUUCUUUAUUCUGCAAGCGACUCUUUUUUUAACUACCUAUAUUUUUUUCUUUGUGCAAUCUGUGAAAAAUAAUAGCCUUCAAGCAGAACACUGUAAAGAUACAUUAUCCUUCUGAUUUUAAUGAUUGCAAUUUGGAACACCGCCUGUACUGCAACGACUUAUCCAUUAGCAAUGGACUCCGGAAUGGACUUCGGAUUAAACUGAACUAUUCUAAGAAGUUCCACGAUGUGUUUCGUUUUGGAUGAAACAGAAUAUUAUUGUUAAAGUCCACAAUACAAUCGCCUCGUUGCCAUCUUAGAACGUCAGAUGAAAGAACAAUUCUCUCACUUUGAAACUGUAUACUUUCGUAUACACCCAACGGAUUCCCAAAACACAAAUAUCUACAUUAUUAUAUAAAUUGGUACCGAGAUCAAAUUGAAAAUGGCAAAUGAAUCGUCGAUACACGAUGUUGGGUACUCGGAGUAUGUCGAUACGAACUGGACAUCGAGCGACAACUCAUCGACGGGAUCGGGGAGUUGCUCGGUUGAGGUCAGCUCAGCGAGAGAAGAAAUGGAAGUUCUACGAUCUGUAAGAUGGGGUAUCGCCAUACUUGUAACCCUCACUGUACUAUCUAGUGCUACUAUCGGCAUGUUUCUACACUCCUGGAUGAAGAUCAGAAGACAUGUGCCUUACGGAAAUAGAAGAAUAUUUCUUGUUCGUCUCUUUGGGCUUUUUCCGGUCUUUUCAGGAACAUCUUUAGCUGGAUUCUAUGUGCCCAAGGCAUCUCUUAUUGCAAACUGGGGAGCAAGUUUAUAUCUUUCGACGACGCUUUAUACUUUCGUUCUCCUGAUCGUUGACUACUAUGGUGGGGUUGAGCCCAUGGAACAUCACAUUGAAGGUAUCAAAGUAUCCCUCUCAGCCCCACCCCUCACAUGCUGCUGUCCAUGCUUGCCAAAGAUUAAUUUCACCAUGACGAACUUUCAUCGACUAAGGCGACUAGUCUUACAAACCGCUUACAUCAGACCUCUUUGUGUAUUCAUCGGUGCUGUGUUGUGGGCAGACGGUAUUUAUAAACCAUCCAUAAUCGAGGCUGACUCGGCCUUCGUCUACCUUAGCAGUAUCAGUCUCGUAUCGUCCCUGGUCGCUGUCUACGGCCUCUCCGUCAUCUAUAACGCCACCCACACCACUCUCCAACACUUUAUGAUCUCCAUCAAGUUUACAACCAUCAAGUGCGUGCUCAUCAUUACCAACGGUCAGAACCUCCUCAUCGCCAUCCUCAUCGCCACCGAUGUCAUCCCGUGCGUGGGACCCCUCGACUCGGCCGUCAGGGGAGAACUUCUCUAUAACAUGCUCGUAGUGUUCGAGAUGUUCCUCUUGACAUUCAGCUUCAAACUAUACUACUGGCGAUGGAUGGUCAAACACGAGUACGGUCACCGGUUCGCAUCGGCAUCGGUCGGCGACUUCGCUGACCUCGGUGAAAACGCUCCCAUGAAAAUCACCCACGACCGCUUAAACGACCUCCAGGAAAAAUCGAGCGCCAACGGGUCCCUGUCAAAUAUCUCGAAGACGGGUUCGUUUAAGAGCGAGACCGUAGUUUGAUCGAAUGGAGUCUAUUGCACACGAUCGGAUUUGCCUGCGAUUGGUUUGCGACUGAUAUACGACUAAGUGACGAUUGAAUCAAACGACGGUAAUGGGUCUCGUUCAUGACCUCGCGAUAUAACAACAAUUUUAUAUGCGAGGUGUUAACAUCAUGCCAAUACUAUUGUCUGAUUGGCUGGAAGUUGGAUUGAGCCUACGAUCCAAGGGAUCAUGGCAAUCCUUUAAUUGUUAUUAUAUGCUUUCGAUUGCCCCCCCCCCCGAGUCAGGUCUUACAACUGGUCUAAAAUGAUUUGAUAUAAAGUCAUUUCUUAUCUUACUCGAAUCGUAAGCAGUAAAAUCCAUGCGGAUCACAGUUUUGCAGGUUUUUAGCUUUCAAACCUGUCCCAUCGGAUGUAUUCUUAAAACGAUUGGGAACAUGCUCUUUAGCUCGGUAAAAUGAUACCUAAUAUUUUGUAAAUGUUAUGCAAUGUUGCGUUGAAAUUUAACCCUAAAACAUACAUUUUGCCCAAUAUGGGGGAAAAUAUCAUCCAGCAAACAUAUAUGUUCCCUUUCUAUCCAAUAUUGGGUAAAGUUUUACUCAAUCUUUUUUAGAGUGCACUAAAGCAUGUAUGGUUAAUUGCCUAAUCGUCUAUUUCCAACUCGUCCACUCAUGGGUCUACCUUCAUUAAAUCUAAUGCCAUUCCGUCCAUCAACAUUUUCGUCUACCCACCAUUUGGUCCAAUAAUCACUUCGUCUAAUCACCAGUUCAUCCGACCAUUUCGUCUCAUACCAGUUGGUCUACUUUGUAAUACCAAUUUUUCUUUUCAUUCAUUCCGCCUAAUGAGCACUUAGUCUAGUUAGACCAAAUGGUAUAUGGACUAAUUGGAUUGGCUAUUGGACCAACUGGUUGUUAGACGAAAUGGUGAGUGGAUGAUAUGGCAGUUAGACCUUGUGGAUAGUGGAUGAACUGAUGGUAGACAAAAUGAUAGUAGACGAGUUGGUAGUUCGACGACUUGGCAAUAGACCAAUUGAAAACGAACCUAUAGCAUCACCUCAUGGAUUUCAUCAAAUUCAAUUAAUGACGAAAACUGGUGUGUAGUAUGGCAAAUAAUAACAGCAGACCAGGGGACCGUUUCAUAAAGCUGUUCGUAAGUCAAGAGCGACUGAUCCUUCCUUGUGGUAAAUGAUGUUCAGCAUUAUGUUCAUUGGUGAUUAUUUAGCGCAUAAGAAAGGCUCACCAAAACAGUCGUUCUUACAGUUGCUCUUUACUUACGAACAGCUUUAUGAAACACCCACCAGGGGCCCGUUGCAUAAAACUUUUACCAUAUAAAAAUACUCGCAAAAUUUUUGCCAGAGUUAUUUAAUGUGUAAUUUUCAAUGGCAUAAUUUUGUUUGCCAAUUAUGGCAAAGGUUUUUUGCAACGGGUCCCAGAAUGGGAUUUCUUUGAAGGGAUAUUAUACAUAACUAAAGGAAGUAUUGUGGUCUAAUAUAUCAUAACUAAACCAAUAAAGAAGCUCAUUUGAAAUACUUUAAGUUGGUCGAAUGUAUCUCAUAGAGCUAUUUCUCUUCUUACUUAAUAAUUUUAUUGUCGAUUAUCUGACGGUGAGGUGAAGAUAGAGUGAACUGGAUGAAAAGGUUGAGUUUGUGAUUCUGGAUUUUUUUUAAAGAUAUAGAUCAUACGUCAACCGUUAUUUUUUUCUGCUUUGUACGAUAAUUCCCAGUUUCUAACCAUGCCAACGGAAGAAAGGAAAGGGGCAAUGUUAUAGAUUCAUAUACAUUUACUAUUAUUUUUUGGUGUAUUUAUGAGCCCUUCUCAUCUCUCACUAAGUCCAAAGAGAGGUUUGAUAUCCCUAGUAUCUUUCCAUCCUUCAGUUCUUUAAGCAUUCCCACAACUAGAGAACAAUGCCUUUGAGAUAGACUAUAUGGAUAUUACUAGAUGGACUAAGCGUUUACACUGUUUAAGAUUUUAAACAACUCUUUAUUGAGCCCGUCACUCUAACAAUAUUAUUUGAAUUUUAAAAGCAACCAAACCUGUUUAAACUUUCGUAAAAUUGUCCACCAUUACGAAGCUGGUCAUAAUGGUGUUGAGAAUAAACCGUCUAUCGAAAAUUUCCAUGAUUAAAAAAACCUGUCUUUUAAAUAACAUUGCCCAAAAUCUAAACAGCACAUGUUUGAAUAAUAGUUGCUAGAUCAACGAGCUUAAACAGCAUUUCUUAAGAUGUAUAAACUCAAUACAACCCUCAAUUUUUAUAUGUAUUGCUUAUUGAAUACAUUUAUGAUAAGAUGCAGAUUGAAUGCUGGAGGUACCUUCCUGAUCUCUCUCAUUGUCAAAUUGAUAUUUUAUAUGUUUUUCCUAUGCUUGAUAACUUUAGGUAUGUUUUAUAGUGUUGUAAGUUUUGAUCAUGGGACAUGCUGCAUUUUUACAAUAUAAAACGGAACUAUUUUAUUGAUCACAUCAAUUAUUAAACGCUUGAAAAUAUGUGCAUAUCUCAUGCUGCCACCAACGAAUAUAAUAUACAGGAAUAUAAGAUUGGUUUUAUUGUCAAAGUAUAAUGAACAUGAUUACUGGCUCUAUGUAUUUUUGUAUUGUAUUAUUCUAGAUUUAUACACAGGCCUAUGGUUCUUCGAAUUCUAAUAAAUGAUUUAUACCUCAGUUUA